CUGAGAGAGAAGAUGGAAUCACCCGGUGGAUAUCGCGACCCUGAAUGAGACAGAAGCAUAUUUACUAAACUGUCCUAUAUUCCCCUGUCUGGACUAAAGGGAUUUGCAUGCCAGUGUAUUUCAUACACAUCAGACGGGGAAAUAUUGGUGUAGUAGACUUGACCACACGUCUCAUGUACAGUGGCUCUCUAACGCAAAUCGCCUGACUGGUCAGUGUGCUGGUAAGGCUCUUACCACCGCAUGACUCGGACUAGGAGAGGAGACUAACGCACACGCAGUUGAAGUAUCCAGGAGAGUGAAUUUAAGUGCCCGCUCCUCCUCCUCGCUUUGCCAACAGCUCGUUUCGCGGUUUGAGACGGAACGGCCGGCCGACAGCCCCCGGGCAGCCAUGGGCAGGAAGCUGGACCUGUCGGGCCUGACAGACGACGAGGCGGACCAUGUCCUGAAGGUGGUGCAGAGGGACAUGAAGCUGCGCAAGAAGGAGGAGGAGAGGCUCAGUGAGAUGAAACAGGAGCUGGAUGAGGAAGGCAGCCGGUGCUCGAUCCUCUCCAGACAGAACAAGUUUAACGAGCAUUGCUGCAUCCGCUGCUGCUCGCCCUUCACCUUCCUGCUCAACCCCAAGCGCCAGUGCCUGGACUGCCAGUUCAACGUGUGCAAGGGCUGCAGGGUCUACAGCAAGAAGGACAAAGCCUGGCUGUGCUCCGCGUGUGAGAAGGGCAGGGUUCUGAGGACGCAGUCUCUGGAAUGGUACUACAAUAACGUGAAAAGCCGGUUUAAGAGGUUCGGGAGCGCCAAGGUGCUGAAGACGCUCUACAGAAAGCACGUUGCAGAGCGUGGAGCUCUCUCAGAACUUACAGACGGAAGUAUUCAUGAAGGAAGCGUCGACAACGAUGGAAGCGUGUGCGGCAGUGACUCCACUUUCUACCGGCAAAGUGAAGGACACAGCAUGGCAGAGACGCUCACUGUCGCUCUGCGGGUGGCUGAAGAGGCCAUAGAGGAGGCCAUCGCUAAGGCCGAGGAGUACAGUGACAGCCUAGAGAAACAAAAUGAGGCUCGCUACCUGCGGGACAACAAAGAAGAGCUAAUAGAGGAACUCGCUACAACUAUUGUGCAGAAAAUCAUUCAGCGCAGGAAACGCUCCGAGAUGCAAGCUGAGUACGAGAUGGUGUGGCCCACCUCCCAGAACCAGAACCAGAACCAGAGCACCGAGCUCCCCUCUCCCUCCCCACCCCAGCCCAGCCCCCACACCACUCAGCCCAGCCUCAAGACCUCCUACUCCCUUUGGAGGUCGCGCUCCGCCUUCUCCCUGACAAGUGACGAUUCUCCGGAGAAACCCACAGAGGAGGGGGAGACAGCAGGAGGUCCCGAGGGAGCGGGAAAAGGAGGCGUAAAGGAGUACGCCUCCCUAAAGAAGGAGGCCAGAGCUGCUCAGAUGACCAGCUGGAAGAGUGUCGACCGGCUGGACAACUCCUGUGCCUCCUCAGUGCUGCAGAGUCCGGAUGGGAACUGGAUGGCCCUGCAGAGCACCCAGCUGUCGCGGCCCAGCCUGCUGACCAAGCGCAAGAGCCUGGUGUUCAGCGCCCUGGAGAAAGAGUCGGGCGUGGUCUCCGCCUACGACGAGAUGGGCUCCGACACGGAGGACGAGGACCCGGGCGGCUGGGUGUCAGCGCUGCACGCCUUCCGCAGGAAGAUGUCUGACGAGACGUACUACACGGACUCGCAGCACGACCCCGAGUGGACGUACACCCAGAACCCCCCCGUCACCUCGCCCUCCUCGGGCCAGUACACCAACACCGAGACGCUCAACUCCGACUCCGAGCCCUCCCCUGCCCCGCCCUCCGCCCGGGAGGGCCCCCCGAAAUCACGCAAGCCCCUGCUGUCCCUGCUGAAGAGGAAGGGCGCCCCCGACCACCACUACCCCCACCACCCUCCUCAUCCUCACCCGCCCGACGCCCUGGACAUUAACUUCAACCCCAAGGUGGCGGGCGGGCCGGGGGGCGGGACCGGGCCGGAGGACAGCAGCGAGGCGGAGGAGCGCCAUAGCGACCAGGUCAGGAGGUCACGCCGGCGCAGGAAGAGCAAGAGAGAGCAGGAGCCUGGGAGGAGCCAGCAGCCACAGUACUCCUCCUCUGUACCGAACUACAGCAGCGUCUCCCUCAGCUCUGCGGCCAGGAGAGAGCUGGAGCAGGGACUCCCUCCUCCCCACCGCUACCCCCCGCCUGACACUGUGACCCCCAACGCCCCCAGCCAGGACGGGGAGGCCCCCUCCAGCGUGGCGGACAUUUUAGAGCUGGAACUCAAGUCCAAACUGUGCGAACUGGUCCGGCGGGCCAGCGACAAGGAGCUGACCUCGUCCGAGGAGGACCAGCGCGAGAGAGCGGGCGAGAGGGAGGGAGAGACGGCCAGCGAGAGAGCGCGGGAAAGAGAGAGCGACGGGGAAGCAGAGAAACGCGCCAAGAGAGAGGAAGAGAGGCUAAAGGAGAAGAGUCUAGAGCGAGCGGGAGAGAGACUGGAGAGGAAGGAGGGAGAGAGAGGGGAAGAGAGGAUGGCGGAGGAAGAGAGGGAGAUGUCAGGGGCGAUGCUGCAGAAUGAGGAGGUGCAGGGAGUAGAGGAGAGAGAGGGAGACAGUGAGGCGACACUGGGAGAGACCGAGCAGGAGGCUGAGGAGACAGGAGCCACACAGCUCCCUACACAGGAGAGCGCCCCCUAUGUGCAGGAGGAAGUACUGUCUCCGGAGGAUGUCCGCAAAGAAGGGCCUCGUGGUCUGGAGGUGCAGCAGAAGCUUCAGGUUAUCUCCUCUCUCUUACAGCAGAAGUACUCGGCGGCGUCCCUGUGCAGCAUCACCACGGAGGUGCUGAAAGUGCUGAACGCCACCGAGGAGCUGAUCGAGGGGGCCGCGGGCGAGGGGAGCGCCCCUCCAGAGUCCACCGACGCCUCCCCUCUCGCCUCCAGCUCCAGCACCAGGAGGCUGGACGAACACCUCACCAAACUGGAGGAGAACGUGUACCUGGCAGCUGGCACGGUGUAUGGCCUGGAGGGUGAGCUGGGGGACCUGGAGGACUGCGCUCGCGCCAUCAGCAGUGGCACCACAGAGAAAGAGCUGGCCUUCCUGGAGGACCAGGUGGCCAGUGCUGCUGCACAGGUCCAGCAGUCCGAACUCCAGAUUUCAGAUAUCGAGGCGAGAAUUUCAGCUCUGAAAACGGCCGGUCUGAACGUGACGGCCUGCUCACGGUUCUCCAAGUUCAAGCCGAAACCUAAGCCUGAGACCAUCGGCUCGUCACGGCAACAGCGGAGGAAGCUGCCUGCCCCUCCCCUGAAAGGUUUGACAAGAUAAGAGAAGCAGGACCAGCUGCAGCCGUGCCCACAGCAGAAGGGCCGCUGGCCCCAGGCCUCUCCACGCCAGUGCCUUGAUCCAACAUCCACCCGGGGCUCUGGAGAGCCUGGCCCUGCCCGCCCCUGCCUGUGCACCCUCUCCCCCCGCUGCCUGACCUCCUGGGGCUCCCGAACACACCACAGCCCCCUGCAGCCUGGUGUGAUGGGUGCGACUCUCUGCCUUAACGCGCCUCCGCACCACCUCUGUCUCUGCACCCAAAGACCCUGAGAGAUAACACACCCGUAAAAACAUAACAAUAAUGAAUUAAAAAAUAUAUGAUAUAUAUAUAUAUAUAUAUAAACUGUAUGGGAAGCAUUCAGUUCCUGUGUUUUCUAACUGUAUGCAAGAGUGUUCUAGGUGUUAAACAUACGUGCAUAAAAACAUCAAAAAUCUAAAUGUGAUAUGUGAACCCCUACACCCCACCCCCCCAAAAAAAGGAAGAAAAAAACAGCGAAGCUAUGUUUGAUUGCAGUACGUAAUUGAUUUCCUGGUACCACAUAAUAGUUCCUACUUUUGAUGCAAUCAUCUUCUGUCCAAGGAAGGUCGUUUGAAUGCUUUUUUUAAAUAUAUCACACUACCAUCAAACAUCAGUCUUUGGAGUUCAUAAUUUCAUUCACAAUUUGUGUAACCAUGUGGCCUUACAUUUACAGCUAUAUUUCUAUUUGUCAUGUUCAGAUUUGAACAGAAUAUGUCCGCAGUGUUCAACUGCAGUUUUGGUCAGCAGCUCUGCAAUUUUUGCACUGUAGAUUUGACAAUGCGUGACAACUUGGCUUGUAGGAAGUACAGUAUUUGUGCAUACAUUCCCCUGCUUUUCUUACAUCAGCAUUCACAUGUAUAUUUCAUGCAUUUUCAUUGCUUUUUAACCUCAUUUAUCUUUCUUGAUUAAUUCAAAUUGAUAACUUAAAAUUGAACUGUACUGUAAUUGGCGGCACGGAUGGUGCAGUGGGUAGCACUGCCGCCUCACAGCAAGGAGGUCCUGGGUUCGAAUCCCUGUCGGCCGGGGCCUCUCUGUGCAGAGUUUGCAUGUGCUCCCCGUGUUUGCGUGGGUUUCCUCUGGGUACUCCGGUUUCCUCCCACAGUCCAAAGACAUGCAGGUUAGGCUGAUUGGAGAGUCUAAAUUGCCCGUAGGUAUGAGUGUGUGAGUGAAUGGUGUGUGUGCCCUGCGAUGGACUGGCGACCUGUCCAGGGUGCAUUCCUGCCUUUCGCCCAAUGUAUGCUGGGAUAGGCUCCAGCCCCCCUGUGACCCUGUUCAGGAUAAGCGGGUUCAGAUAAUGGAUGGAUGGAUGGAUGUACUGUAAUUGAAGCAAUUGAAGAUUUCACACUGAGAUAUAAGGCUUCAUAUGGUUACUUAUAGGUUAUAGACAGGAUCAAUUUAUUCGAAUCUCCUCCAUUUUUUUGAAUGCAUAUACAAAUGGGGUGAUAUCACCAGAAGUCAGUCUGGCAAAGGUUGUUCACAGUCUUAAUUAUUAGUAGUUUCAUUAUAGUUGUUUAUUUUUAUAGCGCAUAUUUAUUUUGAUUAUGUAGUGCGCAGUGAGGUCUCUUGUACGCUCUUUUACAUUUACCGAUUGCUUUAAAAUAUAACUUCUGGGUGUUGAUGUAAGGAAGCAUAUCUAAUAUUACUUGUUUGGCCAUGAUGACCAUGCCAUUCGAACACUUCACCACAUGGAAUAAGCAUUUUAGCAGAAUAAAAGAUUAGUCCAUGCUCUUUUGUCUUUAGAAAUAUUUCUACCAAUGGUUCAUGUGCAUAUCAUAAUAAAAUUCCACCCUCUGUGUAAUUUAUUAAGAUUUUUUACACUGUAAAUUGAAUGUGGGCUUAAAUAGGCUUACAAUGUUUAAGGUAUUUAUUUUUAUAUAGUAUCACUUUCUUUUUGGGAAGGGCCAUUUAUUGCCAUAGUUCAUUCUUGCAUUCUUGAAAACUUUUUCUUCUAAUAAUAAACAUUGUUUUUUAUUAUUUCUCUUUUUAUGAUAGACAUGGAUGGGAGCUGUAUUCUAGAUUAUACCCAAAUCAUUUGUUUGCAGGAGACAGAUAUUUUCUUUGAAGUGUCUUCCUACUUUUUUGUACUGCUGUUAAAAUUAAAAUUUCAUGGUUGUUGUUGUUGAUGGAGGUGUUUGUGUAUAAAGCAUGUUACUGGUCUGAAACAGAUAUGUAAAAACUCUUAUGAAAAAGCACAGCCAAGGGGUUGAUUAUACUUCUAGCAAUGUUCUGUAUUUUUCUAUUGUAAACAAACAAGCCUUUAUUUCAGUUGAGAAUUUGUUUAAAAACUGGAAAUGGAGAAAAUUGUACAUUUGGUAAUUGAUCAUAUUAUCUUUCAGUGUAUUAUGUGCAAAAAAUGUGUUGCUGUUAUAGAAACUGGAUGAUCACAGUAACUAUACUAUGCACAGCGUGAUGUAUGGAAUCUGUGUUCUUCUGCUCAGUCGUUUGAAUCCAUAAUGUGUGAAAAAAGGAUCAAGAAGCAAAAAAUGGUUAACUGAAAAUAUCCUCAGACAGAUUAUUUAUGUGCCAAAUUGUUCUAAUUGAGAAAUUAAGUAAUACUGUAAAUGAAUAAAGUUUGCAUUACUGAAAACAA